AUGAAUGAAGACUUGCUGAGAACUGGAGACCUCAGUCUGACCUUAAAACAACCCACAGAGAGAGACAGUGGAGGAUACAUCUACACCAUCCACAAGGACAAAGACAUCCUGAGACAAAAAGUAGUGCUGCAUGUCAAAGGUUACCAAAAAGUGGUGGACUCAGGGGUGGAGUUUGUCCAGCUACCGUGCAAAAGAGUUAACUUAUUGAAAGAUGCAAAAGUUGAGUGGGAGGACAGAGACAAAAGGAAGGUCUAUGUGUAUCAGAAUGACUCUGACCAGCUUGGAGCACAGGACGAGUUUUACAGAGACCGAACGAAGAUGAAGAGAAACUUACUGGAUCCUGGAGACUUCAGUCUGACUCUGAACAAUCCCACAGAGGGAGACACAAACACCUACACCUGCACCGUCUACAGCAAGGAGGGAAACAUGCUGAGGAAGAAACAAGUGGAGCUGAAAGUGAGAGUCCCUCAGGUGGAGGUGAAUUCAGGAGAGAAGUCUGUCCAGCUAAUCAUGAAAACCAAAGUUUACCUGCCUGAUGAUGCUAAAGUAGAGUGGAUGGACAGAAACAUGUUGAAGGUUCAUGUGUAUCAGAAUGGCUCUGACCGGUAUGAAGAACAGGACCUGCAUUACAGAGACCGAACACAGUUAAAAAAAGACCUGCUGAAGACCGGAGACCUCAGUCUGACCCUGAAACACCCCACAGACUGGGACAGAGGCAUCUACACCUGCACCUUUCUAGUCUUGGUAGCUGGGGAUCAGUCUGCCAGGGCCUCCACUCUGGCCACCGCCUGGAACAUUGCACCUGACAUCCUGCAGAUGGUGGGCCUGCAGGAGGAUGGGCCCAUGUCCCUUUUUUGGGCUGUGCCCAUGCGGUGCCCCAUGGACUAUGGCCCCAUAGGGGUCAGAUUUGGAGGACCAUUGGCUCAGAUCUGA